AUUUAAUCUGUAAAUAAAGUUGGAAGUUGCAACAGUGGGCUAAUUGUUUUGGCCACAGGACGAAUACCACGUGUCACAGCAGCAUAAACAUCGGAAUAGCGGAGCAGCUGAACCCAAUGCGCAUGCAGGGUGCGGGCCAGUGGAGAGCUGUCGCAGUGCAGCAGCAAGCGGAGGAAGCCGAACAGGCGGCGUCACAGUGGGCCCUCCCACUCUGGUAGCGGGGCUGGGCUGGCUAUGCUGCUGGGAUGCGGUCACUAGCAUACGAUGUGGCCAGCCGCACUUACACGCCUGCUGAGAAGACGCAUCAUCUACAUAAUUCUUGUGCUGCUGCUGCUUAUGUGCAUUAUCUGGGGCAACCUUUUGGAUCGACAGGGCGCCUUUAGUGGUCUGCACUAUGACGACUUUGAGGUGCAGCGCACGCGCCCGCUCCUCUGGACGCAGCAGCUUUUGGCGCCAGAACAGCACAUCAAUCGUACUCGGGACACGGAACUGCGGUGCCGCAACUCGGUGCAGGGCCGCCAGCUGCUCACCGACGAGCGCGGCUUUGUGUGCCUGCGAGAGCAGGCCCUCCCCAGCGGCUGCUGCAACCUGGAGAUGCCCGGAAUCGGCUACUACAGCUGUCGCACCUGCAACGCCACCACCAACUGCUGCCGCCUGUACGAGUACUGCGUGUCCUGUUGCCUGCAUCCCGACAAGCAGCCACUCCUCGAACUGGUGCUGCAGUCAGCCUACACACCCAAAUACAUCUAUGCCAGUGUGGCAGAUCACUUCGAGCUGUGUCUCGUCAAGUGCCGCACCAACUCGCACUCUGUGGAGCACGAGAACAAGUACCGCGACGGUAAAGCCAAGCACUGCUACGGCAUCACCGAGGCUCACGAGUCGCAGCGUGACGUGGCCCCCCCGGCUGUCCACAGCUAGCUAACACAACGAUUAUAGCACGUCCGAAGGUGCUCUUUCUUUCUCCUGCCCCUAAGCUAAGUCAGACAUAGCUUCACGUUGAGAUUUCUUGUACUCCGCAUCCGCCCCAAAGGACUUUGACGGAGUGGACACAGAUAAAUGAGCUUUACCUCCAACUAGAAAUAUAACUAGAACUAGACAACAGGCUUGCAGUAUUGGUAAUGGACCUGGGACUGCAACAAAGCACAACUACCUGUCCGGACCUGACUGUGGGAUCUGGGGACCUGCCCUCUUCGCCCGCAUAUAGAACAAACAAAAAGCAACAAAAUGUAAUGCAAUCAUGGAUAGCAUUUACGUACGUACGAGUUAUAUUAUAGCAUAACUUUGUAUGCUGCUUUCUUGUAACUUAGAUCCUAGAUUCGUAACUUAAGUAAUUUAUUCACGUGUAGUUCUGCUUUCUUUUUAGAAGAAUGUGUGAGCCAUUAAAUGAGAACCAUUCAAGUGCCUAA